AUAUUCAUUAUUAAAUCUCCUAUAAUUUGUAACCAUCAGAUUGCUAGUACUGGGAUAAACAUUGGCCUAACUCUGAAGGAUCACAUGUAAGAGCAUGUGCUUAGCUGUACCGGUUCGUUUUAAUACAUGUCUGCAAAGAGUUACAACUUGAGCUUAAGCUGAGAUUAUCUUGUUACGCAAUGAAGGAAAAAUCAUUGAAAUUAAAGAUCCUGAGAAGAGUGGCCUGUCAUUAACCUGACUGGCAUGUGAUAUAGCCUUGAAUCUCGAGGCAUUUUCUUUUCUGUAUUACCCAUUUACAUUUUUUGUGACCAAAAGUUGGAUUGGAAGUGGACAGAAUCUCCAUCCUUCUUGAAAUAAUGCGGCUGUUGGAUAUACCAAUCAAAGAUAAAGGACGAAGAAAUUUGGUAUUUGGGUAACAGUAGCGUCCAUUGUUGAUUGUUAAGGUACGGCUUGAUACCAUAAUUGGACGCAUUUUUUCUGCUCAUAAACUCAAGGUCCUAAUAAGCAUCUUAUGGAUGAACCUAAUUUGCAGGUCAUGGUCCACACAUUGGGUGUGGAUGGUAUGAUCCAAAAUUACAAGCACAGCUUUCAAAUAUUAAAAUUGGAUUGCAAAAGCGAUUCCAAUGAUGAAAGAUGAAGCAAAAUCAUAUACAGUCUCAUUAUGAAAAAUUUAAAUGCACAGUAGCAACCAUUGGCUUCUCUCUUUUUAUACUUUCUCAAGCAAACAAAAGAAAAGCCAGAAGCUAGCAUUUUUUUUUUUCAAGUUUUGGUUGCCGUAUUCGCCCUUCCAACUGUCUUCUUGCGUGGAAUUUAGGGUGUUCUUGGGCCCUACCAUUUCCUUGGUGAAAGGACUCAAUAUUCUGAUAUAACAUUGGGAUUUUACUAUCGUACAAUUCCAUUUAUGAGCAAUCUUGUUCUCAUAAAAUCAGGACCAUGCAAAUUGUGACCUGCCUUUUGGAGGACCCACUGCCUAAAUCAUCACAGCCAUCCAAACAAAAAUUAACAGAUACAAGUUGGUGUCUUCCUUAUUUAUUCCUGACAUAUUGACGUCUAUAACAGAAAGCAAUAAGGUUGAUUCAAAAUUCAAGGUUACCAAAAAUUCUGAAUCCUGGAGAGGAAAAAUGCCAGGUUUCAGCAUUUUUCCUCUUGGGGGUUGCUUUGAUGGCUGUCGCGAUCAUACAAAAACUUCAGGAUUCGGCACCAGGAUCUGGAACCUGAGUGACAGGUCAGUUGAGCUGCAAGUAAGGGUGGGAUCAAUACUGAAAAAGGUUCACACAUUGAAGCCAGGCUCUUCCAAGAGACUAAAAUGCAAGAGCAUAUACAAGGCCUACAUGCCUGGAAGGAGUGGCAGUGCUAGUUCUGGAGGUAUGAAGAGCUUGCUGUAUUACUAUGAUGAGACGUGUCACCCUUAUAUUUGGGUACAUGACACCGGCGGCGAUUUUUCCAGGAUGGUCAAGCAGCAGUACAUUAGUCUUGAAGACCUGAGGAAUUAUUCUGAUAUCAGAAUUUUCAGGGAUCAUCAAAGAGGCUGCAUAUCGGUUCGCAAGAAACCUAGGCCAGAUUUUUGCUGACUUUACAUUCAAGGUUAUUUUGUAAGCUUGCGGUUGUGGUUAAGGGAAUUGAUUUUUUUUUUUUUAUUUUCCUGCAUUGAGUGUUUUCUGUUGGCAUGUUAGAAAUCUAAUAAUAUUCGCUUUACAACUA